ACACACAAAAAAAAUGUAACAUCUUAGUUUAAACGCAUUUCUCAAAAGGAAAUAUACAAAGAAUGUGGAUUCUAUAAAAGACAGCUACCGGGUUCUUUCUUAGUACGUUUCGUUCUUUCGCGUCGGUUUUUUUAUUAACAUACUUCGUACAUUGAAAUGAUGGCUAGACAAAGACUUGGAGACGUGAAACAGAAAUCAGGAAUUUAUGGAGAAAUGCAAGUCCUUUAUCCAGUUCUGGAAUACCAAAUGUCAUCAGAAUUUACAGAGUGUUUUAACCAUGGAUUUGCCAUCAUUUACCAAGAUUAAAGAAAUGGAUAUAAUCCUGUUUCUAUAAAUCUCUGUGAGAGAGACUACUGUGAACUGCUUUCUCUGGCUGAGAUUAUUAACAAAAUGUUGUUACUUCAAUGCCUGGGAUAUAUAAACUUGGAUUACAAAGAGGUUUGCAGCAUUUUCAGAUGCUGACUUUGUUCACAAUUGAUGGAGAUAUAAUAAAGCAAAUAUUUGUUAGGAAUAAAGUUUAUGAACAUAAGGAAGAAAAAUAUCAGAAAAAUUAUGGAAAACAAAUUGUGUGUUGACAAUAUUAAGUGUGAAUCACAGUUUGACGGCAAUGAGUCUCUUGAUGAAAUACCAAAAGAUAUAGGAAAACCGCUGUACUUUUGUGAUAUCUGUGGAAAGUCAUUUUCUCAAAAAGGUAACCUGAAUACACACAAAUACAUUCAUACAGGACAGAAGCCAUAUCACUGUGAUAUCUGUGGAAAAUCGUUUUCUCAAAAGGGUAACUUCAAUAUUCACAAAUAUAUUCAUACAGGAGAGAAACCAUAUCACUGUGAUGUCUGUGGUAAAUCGUUUUCUCAGAAAGGCAGCUUGACUAUACACAAACGCAUUCAUACAGGAGAGAAACCAUAUCGCUGUGAUAUCUGUGAUAAAUCAUUCUCAGAGACAGGUGGCUUAACAAUACAUAAACGAAUUCAUACAGGAGACAAACCGUAUCACUGUGACAUCUGUGAUAAAUCGUUUUCAGGCCACGGCAACUUAGCUAUACACAAACGUAUUCAUACAGGAGAGAGACCGUACCCUUGUGAUAUCUGUGGUAAGUCUUUCUCCCAGAAAGAAAGCUUAAUAAUUCACAAGCAUAUUCAUACUGGAGAGAAGCCGUUUCUCUGUGAUAUCUGUGGUAAAUCAUUCUCUCAAAGGAACAGCCUGACUGAACACAAACACAUUCAUACAGGGGAAAAACCAUAUGAUUGCAAUAUCUGUGGGAAAUCAUUCUCUGUCGGAAGCCACUUAAUUAGACACAAAUCCAUUCAUACAGGGGAGAAACCAUUUCAUUGUGAUGUCUGUGGGAAAUCAUUUUCUCAGAAUGGUAUCUUAACUACACACAAACGCAUUCAUACAGGAGAAAAACCUUAUCGUUGUGAGAUCUGUGGUAAAUAUUUCUCUCAUAAGGGUAACUUAACUACGCAUAAACGUAUUCAUUCGGGAGAGAAACCACAUCAGUGUGAUACCUCUGAGCAACCAUUCCCUGAGAAUGAUAAUCUGACUAUACAUGUUUAUAUUCAUACAGAAGAGAAACCAUAUCACUGUGAUGUGAAUGAUAAAUCCUUCUCUCGUACGGACAACUUAACUAUGCAUAAACGUCUUUAUACAGGAGAUAAACCAUAUCACUGUGAUAUCUGUGGUAAAUCUUUCUCUGGAAGCAGUGGGCUGACUAGACACAAACGCAUUCAUACAGAAGAGAGACCACAUCACUGUGAUAUCUGUGAUAAGUCAUUCUCCCAAGUCGAUCACCUAGCUACUCACAAACUCAUUCAUACAGGAGAGAAACCACAUCACUGUGGUACCUGUGGUGAGUCAUUCCCUCAAAUAGGUCUCUUAACGAAACACAGACUCAUUCAUACAGAGGAUAAACCUUGUGACUGAUAACUGUGGUAUAUUAUCCUCUCAAAAGCAACAACCUACUAUCCACAAUACAUAAUUGGCGGCGAGCUGGCAGAAACGUUAGCACACCGGGCGUAAUGCUCAGCGGUAUUUCGCCUGUCGCUACGUUCUGAGUUCAAAUUUCGCCGAGGUCGACUUUGCCUUUCAUCCUU